AUGUGGAAGGCAAUUCGGGGGAGCCAUCGUUGGAAGAACGUUGCAACACUGCUCUCUGACGCUGUAGACCCGAGACCAAUUGGAAAUAGGGUAGCGUUGCAACGUUACGACUUUGACUUGCGACUGAACCAGGCGAAAGAUGGGCUAGAGUCACUUGCAACGGGAAGUAUAACCACAUGGGAUGAGGCACCUCCAGGUUUUUCUGAAAAGAAACCAUCUUUGGAGGCUUUGCUUGGGGAUUUUAUAAACGAAUCUAAGAGUAGAACCAACUUCUUGGAAAGCUCAAUAACGAGUCAUGGGAAAGCUAUCCAAAACCUUGAGGUUCAAGUUAGCCAGAUCACUACUACAUUGAAUACUAUGAACAAAGGAGCUUUACCUAGGUGUACGGAGAAAAACCCAAGGGAAGAGUGCAAAGCAAUAAUUUUGAGAAGUGGGAAAAAUAUUGCGCAUCUGGUGACAGGCCAGAUAGAGGAACAGGUAGUAUUGUGUCCUUUAGCUGGUAAUAUGAAUCAAGGGAAAAAAGGUGAUGGUUCUGUAUCAUCCAAACUAGAGAGUAAUUUUGAAUCUUCACUUGCUUUCAUGAAAGAAAUGUUGUCUUUAAAGAAGAAGUUUGAAAAGUAUGAGAAGGUUAGCUUAUAUGAGGAAUGCAGUGCUAUAUUGCAAAAGAAGCUACCACAAAAGUUGAAGGAUCCUGGGAGUUUUACAAUUCCCUGCACUAGAGGGAUUCUAACGAAAACUGGACAUAGGAGAGAGGAUGUUUUGGUUAAAGUUGGUGAUUUCAUCUUCCCAGUAGAUUUUGUGGUCCUAGACAUGGAAGAAGAUGCUGAAAUUCCCAUCAUCCUUGGAUGGCUGUUCCUAGCCACAAGAAGAGCUCUAAUUGAUGUUUAUGAUGGCAAGCUUACACUUCAGGUGAACGAUCAAAAGGUAAAAUUCAACAUCUUUCAUUCUUCCAAACCCAAUGAGCCUGUAAGUUUGUACCUAGAGAUCAAUGAAGUAUAUGGUAAACAUUCUGAACAAUCUCUUGGUAAAAGAAAGGGAAAGGAAAAGUGUGGGAGAAGAUUAUAUAUUUCAGGUGUUGCUGUGCAUGGAAUGAUAAAGCCAACUUGA